CUUCUUUCUCCUCCUCACUCUAUCCGCAUCUCAACAUCUCUCCCUCUCUCUCAAAACAUACCUCCUCUGUUGGUUUAUCUCACUCUCCCUCUCUCUCCUCUUCUGUCACCCCUCCCUCUUGGAUCUCUGCCUAGCUACUGUUCUCCCUGUCCGUUUCCCUCCAUCCCUCCUUCAGCUACUCUGUGUUUCUCUCGUGGAUCCUCCCAUCUCUUCCUGUCUCCUCUCUGAAGCUGUCACUGUCUCGUGUGUGGAAACAUGUCAACCGUUCUGGAUGUGGAGCAGAAUGCAUGCACUGGAAAUGCAGUGGAGCAUGACAUUGAGACGCCCUACGGUGUGCUCCAUGUGACCAUGAGAGGCACCCCUAAAGGCAACCGCCCUGUCAUUCUCACCUACCAUGACAUCGGCCUCAACCACAAGUCCUGCUUCAACACGCUGUUUAACUUUGAGGACAUGAUGGAGAUCACUCAGCACUUUGCCGUCGUGCACGUGGACGCCCCUGGCCAGCAGGAGGCAGCACCCCCCUUUCCCACAGGGUACCAGUACCCUACCAUGGAUGAGCUGGCAGAGAUGUUAUCCUCAGUCCUGACUCAGCUGAAGGUGAACAGCGUGAUUGGCAUUGGUGUGGGAGCAGGUGCAUACAUCUUAUCCCGCUUUGCUCUGAUUCAGCCGUCCCUGGUAGAGGGGCUGGUUUUGAUCAAUGUGGACCCCUGCGCUGAGGGCUGGAUAGACUGGGCUGCUUCCAAGCUCACUGGGUGGACUAGCAAUCUAGUGGACAUUGUGAUGUCUCAUCACUUCAGCACUGAGGAGCUGACUGACAACCAAGAACUGAUUCAAACGUACCGUCUGCACAUUGCCCAGGACAUCAACCAGGACAACCUGGCCCUCUUCUGUGGCUCAUACAAUGCGCGUCAAGACCUUGGAAUCGAGAGACCAGUUGCUGGCCUCAACGAGAACACAGUGAAGACGCUGAUAUGCCCUGCUCUGCUGGUGGUUGGAGACACUUCCCCUGCUGUGGAGGCUGUGGUUGAAUGUAACUCUAGGUUAAAUCCAACAAAGACCACCUUGCUGAAGAUGGCUGACUGUGGCGGUCUGCCUCAGGUUGUGCAGCCUGGAAAGCUGGCCGAAGCCUUCAAAUACUUUGUACAAGGAAUGGGAUACAUUCCUCAUGUUUUGCUCAGCCAUCUGAGCACUGAAUCAGUACCAGCAGCUGGCAUGACGCGUCUGUCUCGAUCCCGAUCCUCCUCCUCCAGCAUCACAUCCAUGGAGGGCUCACGCAACCGCAACUUGAACAGCCCUCUGGACGGGCCCAACUCUGGAGUCUUGGACAGCCAGGCCAGGCCACAAACCAUGGAGGUCUCCUGCUAAAGAAUUCACUGUCUGCUGUCCUUUCACCCCUCACCUCCUGUUAUCUGUGUCCUAGACACCUACGUGUUUCUAAUGCCUUUAAUAGUGAGGCAGGGGAGGCUCGAAUGAAAUGUAUUAUAUACUGAAGGUAUGCAUAAUGAAUAUAUACAGAUGUUACUAUACGCUAGCCACAUUUUCAGUCAUAAAAGCAGAUAAAAUUAAAGACUAAUAUAUAUUUACACAUGAAGGGUCUUCCAUCAGGCUUUUUAUUUUCAUUUUUCAUCUCGGUUCGCGUUCUGUUGAAUUAAUUCCACCUCUUUUUUGAGCCACUCUCACAUAAAGAAAAACACAUGCAUUAACAAAAAAUAGUUUUUAUGUUUUAUUGUGACCUAUGACCUUUCCUGUGCUCUUAUCUUGCCACACUGUGUGCUCUUGUCUUACAAAUGUGUUCUGUCGUUGAAUCCAAUUUCCUGUUCAUCCUAUGAAUGUAAUGAAUGUUCAGUAUCUGACUUUUGUUGUAUUUAUAUUAAGAACUCUAACGGGUUAUACUAAAAACCAUCAGCUAUUAGGAGACAAUAGUGGAAUAUCAUGCUUUAUUUUCGUUUUAAUAACUGUUUCGUUGUAUUUUUUUUUAAGUUACAUUAGGCUAUCACCCUUUUAAAUAUUUAAAACAAAAGUAGCAAGGACUUAGUUUGAUAUAAAAUUAUGUUUUUCUUUUGUACAUUCACUACCUUACCAUUUUUCAAACACAAUCAUUCUUAAUCAAAACAUGAAUUGAUGUACACAUGGAAUGACAGCCGUAUACAAGUAUGAAAUAGUGUCUGACAAAGUCACUGUCCACUGAUUCUCAAUUACUAAAUAAAGUUAGAUCAUGGAAAAUAA